AAUUUUAAUAACAGGAACCCACUGGAUCUGGGAGGUAACGAGUAUGGUCGUCAAUGGAAAAGCUGAAAGAAUUCCCAGUAUUAAAGAAGAAAAUAUGAUAGACUACAUGCUUAAAGAUCAACUAGAUUCAAAACCAUCUCCAAGGGUGCUCAACACACACUUACACCCUAAUGUUUUGCCUGAAGUAUUACUUAAGAAUAACAAAAUCAUUUUCAUCGCGCGUAACCCUAAGUCUGUGGUAGUUUCCUAUUACAGACAUAUGUGGAGUAUUGACUUAAUUCAGUAUGAUGGGAACUUCCACAGUUUCUUUGAGAUGUUCAUGGACGGAAACGUCCCCAGGGGUGAUUAUUUUGAAUACACUCGACAGUGGUGGUCAGUAAUCAAAGACAACCCCAAUGUUCUCAUAAUAACAUAUGAAGAGGCUUCGAAGGACCUUGUUAAAAUCGUAUCAUUGAUUGCAAAAUUUCUUGGCAAGAAAAUUGAUGAGCAACUGACUAAAGAUAUUGCAGAUAUGUGCACCUUUGACAGAAUGAAAAACGAGAAACCAUCUAUUAAAGAAAAUGUCCUCAAAGUAGAUUUCAAAGAUAACAGUGGAUUUUUUCGUUCAGGAAAAGUUUCUACGUGGAAAGAAUGGAUGACAGUCGCUCAAAAUGAAAGGAUGGACGCUCGAAUUCAGAAGGAACUCCUCGAGCAGGGAAUAAACUUGAAUAUUUUUUAAACCGAUGGUAGAUUCUAUACAUGGUUUAUUCGACUAUUAAUUUCUCAAAUGCUAGGAAUAUAGCAAAAAAUUAAGAAUAUAUUGAUAUACGUGUGUGUCGGCUUAUAUAUGUACGUCAUAUACUGAAAGUUUUCGCUUUCGCGAUACUUGCUGUAAGGCUACCAUACUUUGUGAAGUAAAUAAAUAAUCGUUAAUUGUU